AAACUAGUUCGAAAAACCUUUAUUGUUUUUGAGAGCGUUAGUGGUUCACGGAGAUCAUGAAUAAUCAUGAAUCUGGUCCAGCAUCAGAGACGACGGUUGCAAAGGCAAAUUUUUACUUCCGGAGCGAAUAAUUUAACCGGUUCAUCGCUAACUAUGCAAUAAAAUCCAGAUUUGAUUGAGCACUAAGGGGCCCAAAAAAACCCUUGCCGAUGUCCUUGAAAGAAUCGCGUUAAGUGAGACGAUAUAAAUAGUUUGAGGUUAGAACCUAACCUGACUCUAACCUGCGUAUGAAGUAUAGGCCGAUAAAACAAAACGUGAAAUAUGUUGUCAGAAGUUGACGUCUUCAUCAGUAACUACACUCUGGUCGAUCCUGAGAUUUACCAACUUUGGGUGGACGGGUAUUCUUCCAGCGAAGCUGUCAAUACUCUAAGCCAGAGGGGUAUUUGCCAGCAAACAAAUGCCCCGAUCGAACUUGUCGCCUCAGAUGUCCUAGACCAUUAUCGAACCUAUAGUCUCCUCGAAAGGCUUCUGCAAAUGCCUCCGCAACUGGCUAGCGAACAAUUGGCUUUUCAAAUCGAACCACAAACGAGUCAAAUGCUAAUAGAAAUGUAUUACGAGUUCGAUGACGCAGUCGUACGUGAUUUUGUGGGGAAGAAGUUGUCAGCCAAACAUCGCAAAGAGCUUGACGAAGUGGCGGAGAAAACUGGUGUAUCGUUAAAAAGUUGUCGACGCCAAUUUGACAAUGUUAAACGAGUGCUAAAAGUCAUCGAAGACUUGCCAGGAUCCUUAGUCACCAAUAUAAAACAGUGUUUUCUUCUACCUGAUGAAUUAGCAAAGCGAUAUGCCGCGGUCGUCUUCAUAGCUUGCAUGCGAUUUGAAAUGAACAAAAAGAAACUACAGUAUCUGACGUUUCCUGACCUCUUUCAUUGCGCGAAUACAAUGAUGAGUCUCUGGACCUAUCGUUACACAGGAUCAGAAUACUUCGACACCGAUUUGGACAGAGAAUUUUUACUUGAUUUACCAGAGUGUCGCGUAUUGUUGGAAAACGAGAAGCAUCACAAGCACCUGGUGUGCAUCAAACUGAAACCAACUUUACUGGAGCGUUCAUAUCAGGAAUUGGAUAUGAACUUUCGAUUAUAUUCACGCGCGAUAAUUGGAAUAGCGUGCAAUCUCCACAGGAGCAGAGAGCUGCGAUCUUUCUUCUCAGACCUGGUCGAAAGGUGUUUGGAACCAUGGCGACAGGUUAACUGGUCACAUAGCGAUCUACGCAACUUUCUUAGCACUUAUACACAAUGUGCUCUCGACAUGGACGUACUAAGGGAAGCAGACUUGAAAAACGCGUUCGACAGGUACAUGAAAGUAGUAACGAGUUGCGUGCUAAGAAUGUAUCAUCAGUGAAAAUUACACAACUGUGUUGAAAAAUAAUUCUGGAAUUGACGGUAUAAUGUAGGACAGUACUUAACAAGGCUCGAUUAUAACUUAUAUUGAAUAUAAUAAAUUAAUAGAAUAAUGAAAAUACGAUGUCGAAUCCUCUAUAUAUAUCACAAUUCAUUUAUUCGUACUUAUUCAUUCAUUUAUUUAUUCACUUUUAUUUCACAUAAUAAAUAAUAAUUGAUAAUCAAUUAACGGUCAAACACGGGAUCGCUGUAUCUUCAAUUCCUGAACAAGUUAAACCAGUUCCACGGCGAGAAGAGAAGUAAUGGCAAUAGAAGCUCUAAGCAUAUCGAUCGUUCGUCCGUCAAAUGAUACUAUAAAUGAACAUAAAUACCAUCGGUAUUGAUAAAAUUUUACUAAUCGUCUCGUUCGUUCCCUAAACUAUUAUCUAUCAUCUACAGAAAAAAUAGUACUAAUAAUAAUAACAACAACAAUAGUAAUAAUGAAACCUGAGACAAUUGACGUAAGCUUUCAGUACCCAAAUACUCAAUGUUUAGACAUUUCUCGCAAGUAUGAAGUUGUGAAUUUACGGUUUAUGUACAUACGCUAUUAUUGUAAUGAGUAAUUUUUUUCAGAAUCGAAUUUUUAGCAUUUUUUUCUAUCCUUGAAGUUACUUUUUGCGCUUCUGUUUACUUGUUCUUUACAUUUUCUAUCUCUUGAUCACACAAGUUGCAAUCAAAGACAUUUGGAAGAAAAUCUGAAAAACUCAAAUCGUUCCUUCCGUAAUAAUACACAGCUAUCGACAUACCUAUGAUUAUUAUGUAUUAAUACAUGCAGUCGCAAGUAUGCAUAAAUUGUAAUGAGCUACAUUUUUCGAAAGAAAAUCAA